AAAAUCUCAACCAGCCGCAUUGGAUCGUGACAUUUGGUCAUUGCUCUAUAAAAAAAUAAAUUUUAUCAUCUCUUUCGGAGACAUAAAGUAUCAUAUAUUAAAUAAAAAAUAAAUUUCCCAUGUCCAAAAAAGGCAAAGAAAAAACCAUGACGUACAAAUUGGAAACUGCGCCCUUCGAUCCACGUUUCCCCAACCAGAACGUGACUCGUUAUUGCUAUCAAUCAUACAUUGAUUACCAUCGCUGUCAGAAGAUACGCGGUGAAAAGUACGAACCAUGUAACUACUUCAAGAAAGUCUUCUCAUCCAUGUGCCCCAACGCCUGGGUGGAAAGAUGGAAUGACCAACGUGAAUCUGGCACUUUCCCUGGUAGAAUUUAAACUGAUUGGUGCAGGGCAUUUCGAGUGGGAUCGAUAACAUCAGCACACAACGCUCAACGCUGAGGAGGCGAUACUGACCAAAAACUACCAACUAUAACAAAAUACACUCCCACAUCUAUAUAAUUAUGUAUUAUUUACGUAGAAAGUUGUUUCAAUACGCGAAGGGAAUAGUACUGACUAUGUGAAAGUAAAAUUAUAUUAUUGAAACAAAAUGAGUUAUGUAAUGAUAAAUAAAUGGAUAUAGAUAACAUAUAACUU